AAUCAAUCGACGUCAAACUUCCCAUUCAGACCACGGCCGAAUUCUCAAUAAUACUAAUACCACACGCGCACUCUACUAGUAGGUGGCGCGCAAACAAUCUCACCCAGAAAUCAUUUCGCAAACCAACUAUCAACCUCCCAUCACUACAACACAAUCACCUCGAACUUUCCUCCAUAUCUCCAAGUACCACCAAAAUACUAAACAAUGGUCCGCCUCAAACACCGCUACAUCCUCCUCGAUAUCCUCUAUCCCGAUCCCUCAACAUGGCCCGCAGCCACCUCCCGCACCAAGAACAACAACAGCAACAGCAACAGCAACAGCAACCCCCAAUCCAAAUCCAAAUCGCAAGCACAGCUACAAAUCCACUCGCCCACAUCCGACGCCCUAACACCGGGUCUCCUAGCAAAGAUGGUGCGAGAGGAAGUCUCCCUCAUGUUUGGCGAUUACGGUGUUGGUAGAUUAGGUGGGGCUGGCGCGGGGGGUAUUAGUGGUAUGUUUGUUUCCUUCCCCUGCCUUCAUCUUUGAUCUCACUUUUGCGCUUUUGGCCUGCUAUGUUGUGUUGGGAUAGGAUAGUGAGACUGAUGGUUUGGUUAACUGGUUGGGUGUACAGUGAAAUAUCUCUCCCCUGCUACUUCGACGGCGAUUAUUCGGUGUCCUCGCGCGUCGUUCCGGCUUGUCUGGACGGCGUUGACUUGCAUGUCGCAGGUCCCUGGAUUUAGUGACCCUGGGUCGAAGAGGUCGAGUUCGACCAGGGCUUGUGUGUUUCGGGUUAUUAGGGUGUCGGGGACGAUGCGCAAGGCUGAGGAGGAGGCGAUUCGAAGGGCGAGGAGGGAGAUUGUGAGGUUGAGGGAGGCGGAGGAGAGUGG